CGGUGGUCUGGUGUACAGAGCGGAGCCUCGAUUUCCCUCCUCAAAUACAACCUCCCACUUUAUAUUAUACCUGCCCAUUAGUCACAUCUGUUGUGUUUGAGUAGGGAAAUCACCAGACCUUCAGCACAGACCUGCAAUAAAAUGAACAACUACGACAAUUACUACGAUGAUGUUGACUUCAACACUCCAUACAAUGCCACAUCCAUCCCUGAGUACAUCCCUGACAUUACAGACUCUGUGAUUGGCGGGCGCCACUACUUCGCCCUGGUCUGCUAUGCCAUUGUCUUCAUUCUUGGAGUUCCAGGAAACGGCCUGGUCAUCUGGGUGACGGCCUUUCGAAUGCCACGAUCAGUCAAUGCCCUGUGGUUCCUCAACCUGGCCAUAGCCGACCUGCUGUGCUGCCUUUCCCUGCCUUUGAUCAUGGUGCCAUUGGCCCAGGACAAUCACUGGCCUUUUGGUCCAGUGGCGUGCAAGUUGUUGAAUGGUCUGUUCUACACGCUGAUGUACUGCAGUGUGCUCCUGCUGAUGCUCAUUAGCCUGGACCGUUGGUUGCUGGUGUCUCGGCCCACUUGGUGCCAGAACUGGAGACGUCCGCGCUAUGCUACCUGGGCUUGUCUGGCCAUCUGGUUGCUGGCUUUCGUUGGCAGUGCUCCCCAGUUUGCUCACAUAAAGGAGAACAAAAGCGGGUCGAAAAUAGACUGCGUGGGCGUCUAUUCCAACCUGAGCCACGCCUGGAGCAUGGUCAUUUUCCGCUUCUUGAUGGGCUUCUUAAUUCCAUUCAUGGUCAUCUGCUUCAGCCAUUGGAUGGUGUACAAGAGGGCAGGCCAAGGUCCAGGACAGAGGCAGAACACAAAGUCACGGCGGACCCUGCGCGUCAUCCUCGCCGUGGUGCUGAGCUUCUUCCUGUGCUGGCUUCCUUUGAACAUUGUGGACAUUACACUGCUGGCCACAAACAAGAACAUAAGCCCAAAUACAAAGGCGAAUCUGCGCUUGGCCCAUGUGUUGGGGCUCUGCCUGGCCUAUUUCAACAGUUGCCUUAACCCGCUGCUGUAUGUGUGCCUGGGCCGUGGCUUCAGGGAGAGUCUGACGAAGUCUUUGAGAAGUGUACUUCACUUUGGCUCUGAGGAACCGGCUCGAGGCCUGAGCAUGACGGGCAACACCAAGAGCACCACUGAUAACAAUCUCGUAAAAACGAGAAACAGACCCAACUAAAGACACCUUUUAUAGUUAAGAUCCAGGAUGGUACCCUUUUGGCUUUUCUAUUUCUAUUUAUUUUCUAUUAAAUUUACCUCCAAUUUUCUCCCCAAUUUGAAAAGUCAAUUACCCAAUCCCUCAUCAUAUGAACUCCCCUAUCACUAGCAGCGCCUUCAUCACUUGGAACACUUGAAGUGCUGCAUCAUUUCCAACUGCCGCCUAUGGAGCAUCACUGGUGGCCAGUGCACUCAGAGGAAGGUGCAGUGACCCAGCUCCGAUACAUCAGCUUUCUCCAGUUUUUGAAAUCUUUUAAAAUUGAGGAAAACAGCUUUUCAGAAAUUGAAAUGCUUUAAAAACUCUUUGCUACUUACCAGCUGAAAGCUGUUAACCAAUAAACUGUAUGCUAAAAAUCACUCCUCUUUCUUAAACAAUCUAUGAUUAUUUUUUUUAUAUACUUGUACAGUAUGUUUUUGUUGUUUUUUUAUAUAUAUAUAUAUAUUUUUUUACAAUAUUUUUUUUAGUUCAUUUGUUUGUUUCUUAAAGGCCCUGGCAGUUUACUGUAAAAUUGUGAAUGCUGGAUGUUCUAUAUGUACUAUUGAGGUCAUAGAGGAACCUCUGACUAGUAAAACAGGUGAUUUUUCUGUAUGCUUAGUGGUAUAUAUACUUUCAUCAGGGUCCUCCUCAGGAAAUGAGUCGUUUUGUUACUGUCACUCAUAAACAUUAUAUUUCCAAAAUAGCAUUUUUACAAAACUUUUAAAAUAAAUCAAUAUAAGAAUAUUUUAUUCCAAGUUACUUUUAUGCACUGUUUUGGCCAAUUCAUUACAAAAGUGUACAUGUGUACCCUCUUCCAAGGGUACACAUGUAAAAAUGGGACUGGCGGUGGGCAGAUUUGAAGGUCACAACCCACACAGAUAUCCAUGACAUAUCAUACAGUUCAAAUAUAUAAAAAAAAAUACUGGCUGAUGCUCUGCUGACAGGAGAUCUGUGUUUUUACUUCUAAAUUCUAAAUAUCAGAUGAUACAUCCUGAUCAUGUUAUGAGUUACUACAGGAAUUGUCAUUCUUAACGAUUCUUAAAAAAAAAAUCAUAAACAAAAACAAAUUGAGAUACAUGUUUUUGGACGAUAAUGACGAUAUUGUAGUGUACAGAAUAAAUAAUUAUAUUAAGAAUGCAAAUUUGUUGGAUUUCCUGUUAAAACUGUAUAAUGUGCUAACAAUUUAAGUAUAUCAAUUUAUUCUAUCUAAAUAUUCUAUCAAAAUCUUGUUUCACAAUACGUAUGCAUGUUGUAACACCUAUUAAACCUGCAUCUCUUUUCAUUGUUUUUAUUGUAUUUUACUCCACUAAUUAUGUAAAAUAUUUAUAUGAAUAGCUCGUCUGCUGUGUGCUCAUCUUACAGUGUUUAUGAAUGUAAUACAUAAUAAUAAAAACAGUAAAUGGUU